CAGCCCAAACUGAAAGCACCUGUAGAAGCGUGCAGGCCAGUCAGUAUAUAUCAACCUCAGUGCUGACAGUAUGAAUUAGAUACAACCUGGUUUGAGCCUGGUUUUGUGUGAAGAUAUGGCCAACCUGGAUGUGUUGAAAACCAGGUUUUGCUCUUAUGACAAAAUGUACAAUUAUGAUUUACGUGAACAAAGCUUUUCUGAUUGGCCAUUCAGAGAGGGAUGUAACUGCACACCUGAAAAGAUGGCCAAGGCUGGGUUUGUCCACUGCCCCAGUGAGAAUGAACCUGAUGUUGUCUGCUGUUUCUUUUGUCUGAUUGAGCUUGAAGGUUGGGAGCCAGAUGAUGAUCCUUGGACUGAACAUGCAAAACGCUCCCCUAACUGUGGAUUCUUAACCAUGAAGAAAGACUUCACUGAGCUAACUGUGGCUGAAUUCUUCCACAUGGAAAAGGAGAGGCUAAAGGUCUACAUUAGAAAGGUUUGUCAUAAGAAGAUGGCAUAUUUGCGGGAUGACAUAGACCAUACACUUGCGAGCCUUAAAUCUCAGUUGGAUUCCAUAUGACUGAAAUUGUAAUUUUAUUGCCAUACUUAUCUUAAAGGUGUAGCAAGAGCAUGUAUUCUUAACUCAGCAGUUUGAUGCAAUGGCAGUUUAAAAAAUAAAGUUUUGUGGA